UUCAAGAACCAAGAACAAGUAAACAAAAAAAAAAAAAACCCUUAGUCUUGUUUUACUCAGGUAACUUAACUGCUGCCUCUUUCCGGCAGACAGAGCUCUGGAGUUCUCCAGAAGCUUUCGAUAAUCUCUCUUUCAAUUUCAGAUUUUCAGAAAUUCAGCUUAUUUUAGGGUUUAUCUUCCUGCUGGUAAAUUUGUUCUCGAAUAAUAAAACAAGAGAAACUAAAAUCGCUGUGAUUCUGAAGCUGCGAGGUACAUACCUUUGGAGGCUAGAUUAUUCAGCUCACUUUACAUUAAAGGAUUCAGAGAUGGCUCAUCAUAUGUUGCGACCAAAUGAUUUGCGCGAUUCAUCUAUAGAUCCCCUGGGCAGGGAUGUAGUGCCCUUGCGGUCUAGAGCUUAUGGUUUGGAUGAUAUUUCAGGUUUUUCUGCACGUAGUGAGCCUGCUUUAGGCGGGUUGACAGCAGGAAUGAGUGCUAGAGGCUACACAUCUUCCCUUGAAGACCCCAUUCUAUUUAGCCAAAGGCGAGAUGUCCCUUUAGGAAUCAGUCCUGUGCCUCCUGGCAAUCCAGAUAUCAUUUAUGAGAGACCUAACUCUCAGCGAAGGGUUGAAAGCCUCUCUUUGCAUGAAACUGAAUCAAACAUUCUUUUUGUUGAUGGGCUUCCAACUGACUGCACCAGAAGGGAAGUUGGUCAUAUUUUUCGUCCUUUUAUAGGCUUUAAGGAUAUCAAAGUCAUACACAAGGAAGCAAGACGGAGUGGCGAGAAAGCAAUGGUGCUGUGUUUCGUUGAAUUUAAUGAUUCAAAAUGUGCCCUUACAGCUAUGGAAGCACUCAAUGGCUACAAAUUUGACGAUAAGAAACCUGAAUCCUCCAUCCUAAGGAUUCAUUUUGCACAUUUUCCCUUCCGUUUACCAUCUCAAACAUGAUGGUCAUCGAUUGGAGACAUGGCGAUCCAAAUGAACCCUGCUACUGUAUCAAAAUCUCGAUGUUGAGUCUGACGGUUGGUUCAAGCCUUCAAGGUCCUUCCUUUCCUUGAACUCUCUUCUCUCAAUGUCCACUAUAUAUUGCUUAGCUGUCUGAAUCUUUUUUUGUCUUUUAUUAAUUGAGAAAAUUCAAUUCUAUCAAUAUAGUAGAUUCUUGUAGCUUCAUCAUGUACUAGUGAAAAUAGAAGACUGGUAGAGGCAGGCUGUAAGUUGCCACCUUUUUUUAAUGGGAUUGUUGACCUCAAUUAACAUGAAGGCGACUAUUAUAAUGUGUUUAUGGGUUAUCCAGGCUGCUAUCAGGUGUGAGUAGUUUGGUUUAUUGAGAAUAUAUAAAUAGGUUCAAACCAUUUCUUUUGUG